UCCUCUCCCUAUUUCACUUUAAAGCACAAAACUAAAGCUAAGAAAAUCAUGAGUUCUUUAUUAGUAUCUCAGUUCCUACUAUCAAAGAGCUAUUGGGUCUUCAAUACGGGAUAUCAUCAUCACCAUCUGAGUUUACGGCAGAAUACAUCAGUAUCUGCUCGUCGAUUCAGCAAGAUAUCAGGUUCACUGAGCCUUCAAACUGAAAGGCAUGAUGAUGAUGACCUCGAGCUUGAUCCUGAGCUUAUGCCUAAACACAUUGCUUUAAUAAUGGAUGGUAAUAGGAGAUGGGCUAAGGCUAAGGGCUUACCAGUGCAAGAGGGUCACAAGCUUAUUACUCAAAAAUUAAAGGAGUUUUGUGACGUUUCUUCUAAAAUGGGAAUACAAGUAAUCACUGCAUUUGCUUUCUCUACUGAAAAUUGGAACCGUUGCAAGGAGGAGGUUGAUUUCUUGAUGCAACUAUUCGAAGAGUUCUUUGACGAAUUUAUGAGGUUUGGCAUACGAAUAUCUAUCAUUGGGUGUAGAUCCAACCUUCCCAUCACUUUACAAAAACACAUAGAAUUGACAGAAGAGACAACAAAGGCCAACGAAGGACUUCACCUUGUGAUUGCAUUAAACUAUGGAGGACAUUAUGACAUAUUACAGGCAACAAAAAGCAUAGCAAGUAAAGUAAUGAAUGGUUCUCUACAGCUAGAAGACAUUGACAAGAAUUUAUUUGACAAAGAACUUGAAAGCAAGUGUCUCAGUAUUCCCAACCCCGAUUUACUCAUAAGAACUGGGGGCGAACAAAGAGUCAGUAAUUUCUUGUUGUGGCAGUUAGCUUAUUCUGAAUUCUACUUCACCAAGACAUUGUUUCCGGAUUUUGGAGAAAAAGAUCUUAAGGAGGCAGUACGUAAUUUUCAGCGAAGACACAGACGUUUUGGUGGACACAAAUAUUGAAAACAUUACGUAGUUUCAAGCCCUCACAUGCCCUGUUUUAUGUGUUAUAUCCAUUUCUUUUCAGUUGGUUUUUUCUUAAGGAAAAUAAAACCAAUUUUAUCUAUUUGUUAAAUCUAUAAUUAACUCAAAUCAAACUAAAAUUAAUCUAUUUUUUACUUA